GCGGCGGGCAUUUUGCUGUUGGGCGGAAGUUACUCUGAGAGAUUCAUCAGUAUUAAUUCCCCUGAUCCUAAGACAACCAUCAAGUAUCGUCACCAUCAAUAAUAUUCAUCCAGAAUGAAGGCCUACUGGUACGACAACCACCCGGGCGACCAGCGCGAGGCCCAUGAUUCCGGCCGAACCGUGUCGGAAGAGUACCUGAAGAACCUGGGUGUCAUUUACCAGCACUGCCCGACUGUCGAGUCUGUCGAUGUCCUGGCCAAGGAGCGCGGCUACAAGAACCGCGAUGAGAUCGUCGUCUCUCCCCAGGCCAUGGGCGCCGUAUACGAAGACAAAGUGAAGAUGUUCUUCCACGAGCAUCUCCAUGAAGACGAGGAGAUUCGCUAUAUUCUCGACGGAGAAGGCUACUUUGAUGUUCGCGGUCAGGAAGACGAAUGGGUUCGCAUUAAAUUGGGGAAGGAUGAUCUCAUCAUCCUUCCUGCGGGAAUCUAUCAUCGAUUCUCCACCGAUGAAAACAAUUAUGUCAAAGCAAUGCGUCUUUUCCAGGAAGACCCCAAGUGGACUCCUCUUAACCGCGGCCCUGAGGUUGAUUCCAACUCACACAGACAGACUUACUUGGCUGCUGUCUCUGUCAACUGAUGGCAACUGUAUCUUUCCCCCCCCCCUUUUUAAUGAUGGAAGUGCUCAGCCAAGACGCUCACUUUUGAUAUUUAUGAAUUAAU